UGCCAAACACCUGAUCUUCAGUUUAAAGUCAUAUCGACGGCUGAAUUUUUCCAGGUAACUUGAAGGAAUUUUCCAAUUAGGGUUUUGGAUCUUUCAAUUCAAGUUAGGGCUUUUGCAAGGUUUCAAGAAUUAACGAACCCUAAUCCAAACUCAGGAGCCAAAACGAUGUCGUACGACGAUGUGGAGAUCGAAGAUAUGGAGUGGAACAAUGAGCUCCAGGCUUACACAUACCCCUGUCCAUGCGGGGACUUGUUUCAGAUCACCAAGGAGGACCUGAAGUUGGGCGAAGAGAUCGCUCGGUGCCCUAGUUGCUCCCUCUACAUCACCGUCGUUUACAACGUCGAAGAUUUCUUAGAUAAGAAAAACAACAAACCCAUCGAGCCCUCCAAGCAGCAACCCAUUACUGUCGCUUAAAAUUUCAGAUGGCCUGAUCUGGAGAUGGCAUAGUGGUGGAAGGAUUCUUCCCGAGUUUUGUUAGAUAUAUAACAAGAUAUGAAGUGUGCAAGUAAGGAGUGAGGAAACUUUUUGUAUUCAACAUGCAAAGGAAAAGUAGAAAUUGAUAUGUUGAGGCUAUUCUUGUUGAGCAAUUUUAUAACUUAUUGUUUGUCAUUUAUAUUUAGGGCUAAACACAUGUAAUCUGAUACUAGUAAAAUAAAAAAGAGAAAUCAGCUUGGUCAUUUAAAA